UUUGCUUAGUAUUUCCCCCCUUUUUUUCUCCUUCCAAAAACCCUUCUUCCUUAAAAACCCCAAUUCUUUCACUCUUAAUCAAUAUUUUCAACAACAAUGGAUCCACCUCAAUCAUUCACACCAUACAAUCUCACUCAAACCCUAAACUUCCACAAACGCGCAAUAUCCUCCAUCAAAUUCUCAUCCGACGGCCGCCUUCUCGCCACCGCCUCCGCCGACAAAAUAGCCGCAACUUUCUCCUUCUCUUCCACUUCUUCCGAUUCCCCUUUCUCCUCCCAUCAACAAUUCUCCGGCCAUGAACAAGGAAUCUCCGAUAUCGCAUUCUCCUCUGAUUCUCGCCUUCUCGCUACCGCUUCCGAUGAUAAAUCCGUCAAAUUAUGGGAUGUAUCCACCGGUCAGAAUAUCAAAACCCUAUUAGGUCAUACUAAUUAUGUUUUUUGUCUCAAUUUUAAUCCCCAAUCGAAUAUGAUUGUUUCGGGUUCUUUUGAUGAGACUGUUAGGGUUUGGGAUGUUAAGAGUGGGAAGUGUUUGAAGGUUUUGCCGGCUCAUUCGGAUCCUGUUACUGCUGUUGAUAUUAAUCGAGAAGGUUCCAUGAUUGUUUCGAGUAGUUAUGAUGGGUUGUGUAGGGUUUGGGAUACUAGCACUGGUCAUUGUUUGAAGACUUUGAUUGAUGAUGAGAAUCCGCCGGUUUCUUUUGUUAAGUUUUCGCCCAAUGGGAAGUUUAUUCUUGUUGGCACAUUGGAUAAUACACUGAGAUUGUGGAAUUUUCAGAAUGGUAAGUUUUUAAAGACAUACACUGGACAUACAAAUUCAAAGUACUGCAUUUCAGCAGGAUUCUCUAUAUCGAAUGGAAAGUACAUCGUUAGUGGUUCGGAGGAUAAUUGUGUCUACAUGUGGGAACUUCAGUCAAGAAAGAUUGUCCAAAAACUUGAAGGUCAUACCGACACUGUCAUAUCCGUAGCUUGCCACCCUACUGAGAAUAUGAUUGCAUCUGGUGCUCUUGGUAAUGACAAAACGGUGAAGAUAUGGACACAACGCAAAGACUAAUGCUUUUUUUAUAGCCGAAGGCACUUUUCAUCAUUUAGGCUUCUAUCAUUCGAUAUUUUUCUUCAUUUCUCGUGAAGUAACAUAGUUGUCAGGGCUUGAUCCCGUUUGAGGGUAGCAGCCCCGCCUAAUCAGAGUCUGAGAUACUUACCGAACCACUAGGUGCAAGUGCUUCCGUUGAGAUGAGAUAUGAACCCUUAACUAUUCGAGUGUGAUUCUAUGUACCUUGUAGCUUAGUGCUUACUGCUUAGAUUUAGUUAAUUAAUCUCAUGUACUAUUUCAUGUCUAAACAAUGGUAUCUAAUCUAUGUAGAUAUUCAUGCUUGCGGUUUAUGAGAUAGUCUUCCUAAGUCUAUUUUGUAGCUUUGUUUUGCGAAAAUGUUUUUAAGUUCACGUGUAAGCAAUGGAUCUUCCUCAAUUGACCAAAAACUCGUACAUUAAAAAGUCAAUUAUAGCAUCCCUACAGGCUUUAGUACACAAUCCCUAUUAGAUCAAAUGAUAAUAUUCACAGAUGAAUCAUAACACAACAUGUAAUUUACAACUAAUAGCUACUAUGCACCAUUACAUAUUAAAAUUUAUCAAAACAAAUUAUAUACGCAAUAACUUUAUUGUAAUAAAGAUUGUUUUAGAUUAGCUAUUAAUAAUCUCAAUUAUUGUUCUUUAAUUAAAAAAGGGUUAUGAUAUUUAUA